CCUCUCUUCGAUUUUUUGUCACAAAUGGUCUAGGGUUACAAAAUUUACUGUCCUCUCUCUCUCUCUCAAGACUUCUGCUGUCCCUCUCUUUCUUCUCUUCCUCUCAGUAGCUUGUCUCUUUUCCAGUUCUUCCUCUUUUUUUUUCCUCCAAUAAAAUACUCGUGCUUCCGUUUGCUUUGGUAAAUCGUUAUUUGUAUCAAAGAAGGGCUUGGAGUUCUUUUUUUUCAGUUCUUUCGUUCUUUCUUCGAUCUAACUAUGUAUUUUACUCAUUGCUGUUUUUUAUGUUUGAAGCAAGUGUUCUUUAGAUGGGCGAUAAUACAGACGAAGGAAAGAGAUCUAAGGAGCAACAUUAUCUGUGAUAACAAACAUAUGAUUGUUGGACUUUCUGAUGGAUCAUUGUAUAAUAUAUCAUGGAAGGGAGAGUUCUGUGGGGUUGUUGAUCUUGACAUUUCACUCUCUGAUGGAAGUGGAGCUGAUAAAUUGUCUCAUUCUUUGGACAAUGGUCUUCCUUCUAAUGGAGCACAAGGUGUUUCUCUGCCCAUGAAUUAUAUAAGGAAGAAGUCUGCUAUUGUGCACAUGGAGUUUUCCUUCUCACUGAGGUUACUGUUUUUGCUCUUUUGUGAUGAACAACUUGUGUCAUGUUCUGCAAGUAAGAAAGGAUUAAAGCAAGCUGAUUUAAUUAAAGUUGAAAAGAAACUGGCAUAUGGUUAUGCUGUAUGUGCCCCAGUUGCUUCGGAGCAACAAAUUCUUGUUGUGGGUACAAAAAGGGGAGAUGUUGAAUUGUAUGACCUCACAGAUUCUGCUUUCCUUGUUCGUGCUGUUUCUUUAUAUGACUGGGGGUAAGUGCUCUGUUUUAAAUUGCACGGAAGAAUACUUAUUUGCUGCAUUCAACCUUCUCCUUUAACAAUCAGGCUGUCUCGAGCAACUGCGUUCAACAUUAUAACUUCGUACUUUUUGCAUGAUCUUCUAGG